AUGGAGAGAGAGGACGAAGACGCGACGCGAGAGAGAAGGAGGUUGUUCCGCCGUGCACUGUCGUCGCUCCUGUGGUCAAUUGAAGCCUCCGCCGCUGCUAGGGCUUGCCGUGCUCCUGUCCUUACUUUCGGCUUCUACGAUUACUUCCUGCAUUUCAUCGGUGCUGUUUUCGACGCCAAGCGUGCGGAUGCAAUUCUCUCUUUUGAAAAGUUCUGCUGCAAUCUCCCCAGACCUCUUCUUCAGGUUCCGUAUUUGGACUAUAAGUAUCCUCAAUACCCUUUGCUGCCUCAUGACGUUCCCAAAAGAGCACUCAAUUUUCAGGUUGGCCCUCAUGAAAAACUUUUUUGGGCGCAAAGUGUCAUUAGAAAGGGCUUCACAGGUGACACUUCACUGAAUACCAUUAAGAUAUAUUCUGCACUUGAAAAGCUACUGAAAGAUCAUGCAGGGAGAUAUGCCACUGGAGAUGAAAUUUUUCUGUGCAAGAUCACUUGGAGGGUUUUAAUUGGUGUUGCCGUGGAAAAUGUAAUCCGACAGCCCAUUCCAGAGCAGCCCCGCUAGGAAUGAACAAGGGAAUGAACACUAAUACAAUUGUUAAGGCCAAGAGUUUUCUUGAUGGUGACGAAGAUCAGCAUGAAAAAGAUGUGUUUGAGAAGAAUCUGAAGGCGCUUUAGAAGA